UGUUCCAUCAAGAGUUCCAGGCGGUUACGCAUUCAAUUCAAUUUCUCUGUAAAUAGGAAACGUUUUUUUCAGAAUGGGAGUUAAUAAAAUAUGCAUGUGGAUGUGUUUUGUGUACAUUUUAUCGGAUUUCAAAUCAAAAGCUGAUUCUAAAGGGAAUAAUAAUAUGACGAAAACAUUAACGGCCAAUGAGGACAAAAAUUCGUUAACAAGUAGAUUUCGGACUGUAAGUAAUAUAUCAAGUGAACAACGGUUAAUGACAGAUUUGCUACGGAAGUACGAAAACUCCGUGCGACCAAUUUACAACUCUUCCAAAGCAGUCGGGGUUGGUCUAGGGCUUACAUUAACACAGAUUCUUGAUUUGGAUGAAAAGAACCAAGUGUUGACCACAAAUGUUUGGAUGGAAGUGGAAUGGAAAGAUGAAAAGUUGAUUUGGGAUCGCCGCGACUAUGAUGGAACAGACAAUAUCCGUAUACCAUGUCGUCGGCUGUGGCUGCCCGAUAUCGUGCUGUAUAACAGUGUUGACGACUAUACUUCCGGUUACAUGCCCAGUCUUGCUAUGGUGUAUGAUAAUGGACGUGUAUUCUGGGGUCCAGUUGUCAGGUUCCGUAGCUCGUGCAAGAUUGACAUUACUUUUUUCCCCUUCGACGAUCAGAUAUGUCACCUUAAGCUUGGUUCUUGGGCAUAUAACGGUUUCCAAGUGAACGUCAUUAAUCGAUCAGAGACGGUUGAUUUAUCAAACUACGUUGAUAACGGAGAGUGGAAAUUGAUUGGUUUAAAGGUCACAAGAAACUCUGUUGUCUACAACUGUUGUAGUGAACCGUUUCCGGAUGUUAUGUUCUUCUUCCAUUUGCGCAGACGCGUGAAGUACUAUUUCAUGAACAUCAUAAUACCAUGUAUAAUUUUAUCUUUCCUAUGUUUGGCUGGUUUCUUGCUGCCACCAGAAAGUGGUGAAAAGAUCACACUUGGUCUCUCUGUCUUGCUGACAAUUACAGUGUUCAUGCUAAUGGUUGCUGACAAGAUGCCUCAAACUUCUGAAAGUAUUUCUCUCAUAAGUAUAUAUCUUAUGGUCGUAUUAUCCAUGUCAUGUGUGUCUAUCUUGCUUUCUGUCUACAUCUUGAGUCUGCAUCAUCAACGUGGAAGACCUCUGCGAUGUCCUCAGUUUAUCAAGAUCAUUGCUUUCUCCAUUUUCGCGCCAUUACUCUGUCUGAAACUCAGGUCAACCGGUCACGUGACCGGAAAGUACAAACGGCAGGAAAAUAAAAGUUCAACAUUGUUUAAAAAAGAUAAACAGGAGAUGAUUCAUCUAGAAGGGAUCAAGGAACAUCAGAAUUUUGAGGAAGAAUUGGACCAUUUGUUGUCUGACUCUAGUUUAAAUGGUGGCUCUGAUCCUGUUCUUAAACAUUACCAAGAUAAGCAAAACUCGGUGAAUGAGUUGAUACAAUGGUUGCAUAAGAAACAUAACCUAGAAUGCUUGGAGGAUAUGUCUUUUCAAGAGUGGCGUGAUGUUGCUUUUGUUAUUGAUCGCCUGUUGUUUGUUAUUUUCCUGAUUGUGACAAUAGCGGCAACUGCUGGUAUUCUAAGUCUUCGUCCGGAACAAUCACUCAGUGGGUUUACAGAAAUUAAAAUUAAAUAGGAACAAUUUAGACAUUGAAUCUAGCGACCUCAUUUUAUAAUAAUUGUAGCAAGCAAGCAAGGGAAAUAAUUUGAUCGAAAUUCAAACGAAUUGUGUUAUACUUGAUAGUACAAAUGAAUGAUACGUGAGAAACUGUAAUAUUGAAGGUAUUUGACACGCACAUUUCAACAGUUAGAACAAAUACAUACAGAGAUUAAAAUGUUUCACUAACACGGAUAAAAUUGUGUAUGAUUAUUUGUUGGGUUUUACGUCACACCGACACAGUAUAGGUCAUAUGGCGACGUUCCAGCUUUACUGGUUGAGUAAGACACUACGUGUCCUUCCGUGCAUUAUUCCAGGCACCUGAGUAUAACUACCGACGGUCCGUAAGCUAGCUGAAUAGCUUCAUCACACGAAAGAAUCCAAAGUCCCUGUCGGGAUUCGAACUCACAGAGGUGCAGGACAAGUGAUUUGAAGUCAACGACCUUAACCACUUGGCC